AUGUUCGUUUUGGACUUAAUAUUAAUAUGUUUAAAUUUAACUUCAAAAUAUUUAGUCAUAAAGAUUACACAUCUAAUUAAUCAAUCAUGGCAAAAGAAUUCUGAAACGACUUCCACCAAUAACGAAAACCAACAACGAGCUGACUUAAUUUCAACAAUACAACGAUUACCUGAAAAUGAAGUAUCAUUAGCAACCAGUCUUAUAUCAAAUAUGCGAGAUCCAAAAGGUUCAAAUAAAGGAAAUAUAAUUUGCACAUAA